CCGUAAAGCUGAAAUCCUUUUUUCUUCGUUCUUUGUUGCCUUCUUUAAAACCUCUGAAAAAACCCGACACCCGUUGCCGGCGGCCCCUUUGCUUAAAAUUCAACGUAUCUUACAUUUUACAUACUGCUGAGACAAUGGAUGGGUUGCCAACACAAAAUACGUCCGCAUUAGCUUUGCCUCGCUUGCAGCUAAACAAGGGAUCAUCAACGUCAGCAUCUGGUUCAGAGUCAAAACCAAAGAAGAAAAUCUGCUGUGCUUGCCCUGAGACGAAGAAGCUCAGAGAUGAAUGCAUUGUGGAGCAUGGUGAAGAAGCCUGUGCAAAAUGGAUAGAGGCUCAUCGUAUAUGCCUUCAAGCGGAGGGCUUCAAUGUUGAGAUUGGUAUUUGAAGUUUAGAAUGAAAACAAUUUGAGGUACAAACUUUUAAUUAUAGGAUUACAGAGAUGAUUUGAAAAAAAAGAACCUAGGAAUAAAAGGAAAAUAUAGCUUUUCUUUGCAA